CUACUUAGGGCGCGGCUUAACGCACACUAGUCCCCUACCUAGGGCCCUAUUUAUCCAAUAGAAAUCAGAGCAGUUCAUGUCAACCUUUGGUUUCCUUGUUCACUUGUUCCCGCCUACUCGAUGCUUAUUGGUCAGGUUGUAUCACUUCUAAACGUGAUUGGUUAGUUCUGAUGUCGGUCAUAUUGGUUUAAAAAAGUAGCACGGUCAAGACAAAAACAGAACAAAACAAAAAAGUACACAUUCUAUAUGCUUAUCCAAAUGUAGGUUGAAAUAUAUGCAAGAUUUAUUAAAACGUUGCAAAGGUUUGGUUGGAUCCGUGUUUUCAGACGUAACAAUAAAAAUAAUAUAAAUGAAAUAUCACAAAAUGUGAAAAAAAAUCUGUAUAAUUUUGUUUUCAGUAUAUAUAUAUGCGGAUAAAUGUCACUAUAUAGCUAAAAAAUAUAGUCCAAAUGUGCUUUAUACCAAAAAAAAAAGAAACAAGAGAAAAACCAUGCCUUUGUGUAAAUGUAUAAAUGUACAUUUAUAAUGGUUUUGACAGCUUGUCUAAGCCACGCCCAUGUCUCGAAUUCUGACAUCCUAUUGGCUGGACACUGAGCCUCGUAUAGAUUUCUGUCUCUGUUUUUUUCCCUAAGGUUCCCAAAAAAGUCUAAGAUUUGGGUUUAUUGGGUUACAGUGUGGCAACAUGGCGACUGUCAUUCACAAUCCACUAAAAGCUCUCGGAGAUCAGUUCUAUAAGGAAGCCAUCGAGCACUGUCGCAGCUACAACGCCCGUCUGUGUGCCGACCGCAGCAUCCGAAUGCCGUUCCUGGACUCGCAGACAGGCGUGGCUCAGAACAACUGCUACAUCUGGAUGGAGAAGCGACACAGAGGGCCAGGACUAGGUGCGGGUCAGAUGUACACCUACCCCGCCCGCUGUUGGAGAAAGAAGAGGCGACUGCAUCCACCAAUCGACCCUCAGCUCAGACUGUGUGAACUCAGGCUUGAAGCUGAGUUGAUGUCUAAGAGAGAGACUCCCCCGGCCGAGGCCACGGCCCUGGAGUCUCUGAUCAGAGGAGACGCUCUUCUGGACAAAAGGAACAGCAGCUCCAAGGAAGAAGAAACUCUGCUGGAGAUUCAGAGGGUGCUGGAGGCUGACGAACAUGGAGACGGUUUCCAUGACGAUGAUGAGUUGGAGGUGGAGACGAGGAAGAGGAAGCAGAGAAGUAAAGGCAGGGGUCGAGGUUCGAGCCGUAAGAAGACAGAGACUGGGACUUGUGACGAUCAGGACAAACCCUACGUGUGUGACAACAGACACAAACAAAAAAGUGUUGACUCAGUUUGUGGUAAGCGUUAUAAGAAUCGGCCCGGUCUGAGCUACCACUACACCCACACACACCUGGCUGAGGAAGAAGGAGAGGAGGAGAGAGAACCUGAGAUCCCUCAAUCACCAGCAGAACAUAAGACUCAAAACCACAAGUUGCAGAAGGGACCUGACAGUGGAGUCAUCGCUAAUGACUACUGUGACUUCUGUCUCGGGGACUCGGGCUCUAACAGGAAGACCGGCCAAGCCGAGGAGCUGGUGUCAUGUUCGGACUGCGGACGCUCAGGUCAUCCGACUUGUCUCCAGUUCACAGAGAACAUGAUGCAUGCAGUCAGGACAUACCAGUGGCAGUGUAUCGAGUGUAAAUCCUGCAGCCUGUGUGGCACCUCAGAGAACGACGAUCAGCUCCUGUUCUGUGAUGACUGUGAUCGGGGAUAUCACAUGUACUGCCUCAAACCUCCCAUGACUCAGCCGCCUGAAGGAAGCUGGAGCUGCCAUCUUUGUUUGGACUUACUAAAGGACAAAGCGUCUGCUUUUGGAGAACCGUAAACAAAAGAAAACACAGUACAUCAUCUCUACAUCGCACAACAUCAUGCACAAACCCUGCAGAAGUCUACCUCACAACACUGGAGGAAACAAAAGAAGACAAAUGAAAGAGUAAAAGCACGAGAGGUCACGAGAACGACACCCUGCAGCACGAGUCAACAUGUCAGCUUCAAAAAGAUCUUUCUAGCAAAUGACAUCAAACUAAUAAGACAUAAAAACUUUUACAUGUAUUUUAAUGCACUCAAUUUUUUUAAAUAUAUUUAUAUUUUUAUGUAUUUAUAUAUCUGUUUAGCUUUAUACUCCACCCCCUUUCUUUUUACAUAUAAAAAGCAACCACAGAUUUUUCUUUCCAAUUGUAAUUCAUUUUUAAAGGCACCAGAAAGAUUACAAACACCCCAUUUAAAUACUGUACAUUGUCCAAAUAUACACAUAUAUUUACAAAAUUUUUAAAAUACAAGAAUUUCAAAUAUGAUGAAGGAAAAAUGUUGCUGUAUGUUUAGUGUGUAUCUUCUGUUAGAUUAGUGAUAAUAUACUCCUGCUCUUCUUCCUCUUCCUUCAUCAUAUAUUAUCAUCUUGUCAUCCCCACCUGCCUAGCCGUGUGCCUUGUUCCCCCCACCUGCCUCAUCGUGUGCCUUACUCCCCCCACCUGCCUCGUCCUGUGCCUUGCUCCCCCACCUGCCUCAUCCUGUGCCUUGCUCCCCCCACCUGCCUCGCCAUGUCACUUGCUUCCCCCACCGCCUCAUCCUGUGCCUUGCUCCCCCCACCUGCCUCGCCAUGUGACUUGCUUCGCCCAUCUGCCUCGUUGUGUGCCUUGCUCCCCCCACCUGCCUCGCCAUGUGAUUUGCUCCCACCACCUGCCUCGUUGUGUGCCUUGCUCUCCCCACCUGCCUCGCCAUGUGACUUGCUCCCCCCACCUGCCUCGCCGUGUGCCUUGCUCCCCCCUCCUGGAUCUCGUGGGAAUUCUCAUCUUUUGUCAAGUCUUUUUUUUUGUCUUGUGUUUUGUCUGUGUUUUAUUUAAUAAAUCAGCUUAUUUUAGCUAUCCUGCAUUUGGGGUCUGU